AGGAGCUCCCAGCCCGUGUGAACUUCUCAGCGGCCCCAGCCCCUGCACCCGCGGUGCCCACUGCCCUGAACACCAAGAUGGACGAACUAGAGGGGCAGCUGCUGGCCAAGGUACUGGCCCUGGAGAAGGAGCGAGUGGCUCUCAGUCACAACAGCCAGCGGCAGCGGCAGGAAGUGGAGAAGGAGCUGGAUGCGCUGCAGGACCGCGUGGCUGGACUGGAACAUGGGUCCUCAGCCUACAGCCCCCCAGAUGCCUUCAAGAUCAGCAUCCCCAUCCGCAACAACUACAUGUACGCCCGUGUGCGGAAGGCACUGCCUGAGCUCUACGCCUUCACCGUCUGCAUGUGGCUGCGCUCCAGGUCGGGGGGCAGUGGCCAGGGCACGCCCUUCUCCUACUCAGUGCCCGGGCAGGCCAAUGAGAUUGUGCUGCUGGAGGCGGGCCACGACCCCAUGGAACUGCUGAUCAAUGACAAGGUGGCCCAGCUGCCUCUGAGCCUGAAGGACAAUGGCUGGCACCACAUCUGCAUCGCCUGGACCACAAGGGAUGGCCUGUGGUCUGCCUACCAGGACGGGGAGCUACAGGGCUCCGGUGAGAACCUGGCCGCCUGGCACCCCAUCAAGCCUCAUGGGAUCCUUAUCCUGGGCCAAGAGCAGGACACCCUGGGCGGUCGGUUUGAUGCCACCCAGGCCUUCGUGGGUGACAUUGCCCAGUUUAACCUGUGGGACCACGCCCUGACACCUGCCCAAGUCCUGGGCAUUGCCAACUGUACCGGGCCACAGCUGGGCAACGUCCUCCCCUGGGAAGACAAGCUGGUGGAGGCCUUCGGGGGUGCAAAAAAGACCACCUUUGAUGUCUGCAAGGGGAGGGCCAAAGCAUGAGGGGCCACCUCAUCCAGGGUCCCUCCCUUGCCUGCCAUUUUGGGGACCUUACGGUGGGGGCACACGUUCCCUCCUCAGCCUACCCACACACUGGCCUUCCCUCCUGCCCUGCUCCUGGCCAUGCCUCCUCUUUCCCCCACCUAUACCCACACCUCCAGAAUGCCCUGCCCUGCAGUGGCUGUCCCCUAACCCCACUUGGAUGGGGACAAGCAGCUCAAGCCAACAGGUCAAGCCUGGGGUGAGUCCAGGGCCUGGUGGGGGGUGAUAGCAGUGCCCACAGCACUGUCCACCCUCUCGGCAUCACACUGGAGCGGUCUCUUACCCCCACCCACCCUGGCCCAUCCACCACGUCUGAUGCCACUGAUCUCAACAGCAUGUCCCAGGGGGUCAUGUAUGGAGGAAGGGCCCACUAUCUCAGUGGCAGACGUGGCUGUCUGCCCCCCUGUCCCCCAUGCACCAGGCCUGGCCCCUUCCCCUUCAGGGCCACAACAAGCUCUAGAGCUGUCCCCCCAGCUGAGAAACGGAUGACAGAGACAUAGGAGACUCAGACUCACCCCUCCUCCAUCUUUCCACCCGUUGCCAGUGAAGGGCAAGGGGAUCUUGAUGGAGCCUCCUGCACCCUCUCUCUUCCUCCUCUUUCCUCGUUUCUUUGUGUGCAGUGGUUUGAAUGUUGGUUCCAUGCCUGGCCCACCCCCACCUCAAUUCCCAAGACAUCUCCUUCCCAGCUCCAGCUGAGGGACAAAGACCCUGGGAGGCCAAAAGGCCAUAGUCACCCCUUGUGCGAACCCACAUGUGUGCUAACUGGCAGGUCACCUCUCCUCCUCCGUGCCCAGGACAGGGCCUGGGCCACUUCAGCCUGGGCUGGGAGCAGCUUGUGAGAGAGGCAUGUGCCCAGGGGACCCAGGUUAUGGCAUAGCCACAUUACCUAAUCCCUCUGCAUGGCCCCGAAGCCUCUGGGGAAAGAAGGGAGAAACCGAGUGGGCAAAGAGGGGAGAAGCAUAGAGUGGUGUACAGAGCACUGGAUGAGAAGGAGCCCAUGGUUCCUAGCCAGCCCGGCUGCUCACCUGCUGUGUGGCCUUCUGUAAGUCCCUGCCUUCUCUGGCUUGGCCUUCCUCAUUUGUGAGCUGAGGCCCUUGCUUUGGUCAUUUCUCCUGACGCUGCCUAGGAACCAGGGGCAGAUCCUGAGAGUAGGCAGCAGAUGGCAUCUGGCCGGGCAUGGGUCAGGGUCAGCAGCUGCCUCCAGAGAGUCAGGGGCAAGGGCAAGGGGCAAGGCAGACCAACCUCAUGCACAGAUUGUAAAAACCAGCUUUUCUGGAUCACCCCCACCCCAGCCUGGCACCCUUGCCCAUCUGAGAGGGCUGAAGGCUUCCAGCUCCCCACCCUGAGUCCUCACCAGCUCCCCCAAGAUAGUGGAAGAAUGUAAAAGCUAUAAUGUAAAAGAAUGAAAAUACCCAGUCUGACUUCUUGCUUGUGUAGAUGGGGAAGAGCUCCGAGAGGUCAAGUGACUUACACAGGACCACACAGCACAAUGUGGCAGAACCAAGACUAGAACCCAGGGCUUCUGACACCCUCUUCAGUUCUCUUCCCCCCUACACCAUACUGCCUGCCCAUGAGUGUCUUUGAGUCCAGCCCUCACCUUAGAGGACAGACAUUUUAAAGAGGUCAGAAUGCUUUCCAACAUGAACAUCUUCCUUUAUGAAACACACAAACAUCUUGGCAUCGAGACCCCCCCCCACCACAGGAAGUAGGGGGAGGAGAGGGGUGAUCCCCAGGCACUCUGGCAGGAAUGGAAGGCAGGUAUUCCCUCUGCCAGUCACCUACCAGGUGUCUGGGCAGCUGCAGGCUACCUGACUCGAGCAGGUACCCGUGCCUUUUGGCCUGCUUUCUGUUCCCUGUCUCUGCUCCCCACCACCACUUAACCUGAGGCAAGAUGCAAGAGCUGCAGGCUGUGGGGCCUAUUGCCAUGGAGGCUUCUCCAAGACUUGUUGCCUCCAGCCCCCAGUUCCCUCCCUUGUUGCCAGUUCAAGAGCACAAAUAGACCGUUCAGCACCACGGGCCCAACUCCCCCUAGAAGAAGAAGCGAUGGCAUGCUUCAGCCAGAACCUGCUGAGACCAAGGUUGCCCUGGUAACAGCCAAUGACAUCAGCCUAAGUGCUGGGUCAAGCGUCUCUUAGUGACAUAUGCUGUUGCUGGGGUGACAGCAGAUUCAGGACCCAGAUUCCCGGGACACUGGGCUUUAUUGGGUUUCCGUUACUGGUUUUAAGGAAGCAGCUUUUGUGGAGGCCUUGGGGAAAGAAAGGGUCUAGGAGGGAACUGACAGAACUUGAGCCUACCCAGAGGCAUCAUCCCAAGUCCUUUAUGCUUUGUCAUGGUGACAAAGAUGAGACAUCUGACCUUGGUCCCAUGCUGAGUCACCCUGGUCAGCCCUCCAGAGGGCACAGGAACAAAUUAGAGGCAUUGAGGUGCAGGCUGUGAGUCUGGGCCAUUGGUGAGUGGCCUGGGUGCCCAUUUCCAUUCCAGGAAGGUGAAAGCCCGAAAGUCCCCACCCCUCCUUCGUCCACUGAUGGUUCUUCACCUUUGCCGAAUGCCUGCUGUUUGGACGCCAGCUCUGGUCGUCUAGCUGCUCCUGGGCACAGCCAAGAAGACAGGGAAAGAGGAGCUGGAAAUGGCGCUUGCUUGUGUCCCUGAGCUGCUCUGGCUAACGGUGAUGAUGGAGCCUGUUUGUUCCAUCUUUUUUAAAUGUCAGGCACUGUGCUGAGCACCUCACAUCUCAUUUAUCCUCACAACACAGUCGUAAGCUGGGACUGUUCUUAGCCCCAGGGAGGGAACUGGGGCACAGAGAGGUUAAGUAACCUGCCCAGUGUCCAUCAGUUGGCAGGUGCUGGAGUCCAGACUUCAAACCAAGGCAGGUUACAGCAAGGACCAAAGGGACUGGCAGCCCUACUCUCUGUGGAGUGGGACUUGAGCAUCAUUGCUCCCGAUGGGUUUUUCCCUAAAGAGAUGUGCUUGACCCCAUUCACUACCCUCACAGGGUUGCUGAUGGAGGAAGAGGCCCGGGAUGGGCUGGCCCCAGGGCCAGGGUCCCCUUGGGUGAGGCCGUGGGAGGGGUCUCUGCAGUGUGACCGCCACCUCAGCCCUUCAACUGGCUCUCGUUUCCAGAACUCAAAGGUAAGAGGAAGCUGGACGGUCCCCCAAGAGUCCCAGGCAGGGAAUGGGGGAGAGGAUAUUUCUCAAACUUCUGCUUUGGGUCAAGCCCUGCUCCAGGUGCUUCACAGCUCUUAUCUGCCAGAUUUUGCCCCCCUUUGUGGCAUUCUGUACCCCCAGUCAACAUCCCAAGGGGACAGAUCACCUUGCCACAAUCGUGCAUGACCUAGGACCACAGCUUUGGGCAGGAAGAUUUCUUCAGGAGGCCCUCCUGAAGUCUCAUUUUAUAGAUGAGGAUGCCGGGGCCCCAGGAGGGUGAGUGGCCCUUGGGGCCACCCAGCCAGGACACCUGGAGACCUGAUCUCAGCUUUCUGACUCUCCACAAUGCAGUGGUCCCUACCCGCCACCAAGAACUGGGUCCCUGGUUCCUCUCCAUUUCCCAGCACCUUGCCCGGAGCAGACUGGAGAAAGGGUCCCCUCCCAAAGAUGCGAUCAUUCUCUUCCCCUCUGUCCCAGCUGCCUGCCACCCCAAACCCCACCUCACCCCUGCUGGGUGGGGAAGGGGCUCUCGUGGGCCCAGGCUGAGCAGUGAGUGAGCAUGUCCAGCUGUCUGACACUGUGAAAUUAUUGCACCCGCCCCCCCCGCCCCGCCUAAUUUUGUAUAUAAAGUGACAUGAGAUGCAACGUGUGUGUGUAUGUGUAUGAGAUAUGUCCUGGGUUUUGUUACUUUUUUGUUUUUU